AUGAUAUUUCGUGCGUUUCUAGUGCUUGCACUGGCACGGGCCAUUCUUGGACUGGCCACCCCGGUGGCCUCUAAUUCUGAUUACAGCGGAAAUCAUGAUAUAGCUUCGAUAUUAGCGCAGGCUGCGAACGAUCCUGCUAUUACCGAUAUUCGGCUACCGAAAGCGGCUUCAGCAUUAUCGAAGGAAGUUGUGGGUGGGACCCCAGGAAACGACAGGUCUGUGGAGGAUGCUUGGAAUGCGGUUCAGGACAUAUUUGGCAAAUCGACCAAUGUCUUUGAUGUCGCCGCUAACCUCGCAAUAUCUGGGGCGAUUCCAAGCGACAUCCUAAGACUUUUAAACGGAUACGCCAAUCAAAGUCUGAACGCCCUAGACAACGAAAACCAUCCGGUGACUGGGGAUACCAUAUAUCCAUUCAAAAUGGAGAUAGACGCGCCUUACUCCGUCGAGGAGGCCAAGCUCAGGGCGGCAAUUUAUAUACCAGAAUCAUUCAAGUAUGGAAAAGAUGGAACGAAGCCGGUGAUCCUUGUUCCAGGAACAGCAAUCCCAGCGGGCACGUCAUACUAUUUCAACUUUGGCAAGUUCCCGAACGCGGUACCUGAAGCGGAUGUGGUCUGGGUCAACAUACCGGGAGCUUCUUUGGCGGACGUCCAGGUUAGCUCAGAAUACAUUGCAUAUGCAAUCAACUACAUAUCUGCAGUGACAGAGUCCAAUGUGUCUGUGAUCUCUUGGUCCCAAGGUGGUCUAAAUAGCCAAUGGUCGUUCAAAUACUGGCCUUCAACUAGGCAUGUGGUUGAUGAUCUCAUCGCCAUUAGCCCGGAUUUCCGUGGUACUUUGGUGGCAGAUGCGGCUUGCCCAUUGCUUUCUGGUGUCUUCUGCACGCCUUCACUCUUUCAGCAGAGGUGGGAGACUGAAUUUAUAAGCACCCUGAGAGAAGAUGGAGGAAGUUCCGCAUAUGUUCCCACAACGACUGUUUACUCUUCCUUCGACGAGAUUGUGCAGCCCAUGAGUGGUGCGAAUGCUUCAGCUAUACUCGACGACACUCUAGGGGUCGGCGUGUCCAACAACCACUUGCAGACCAUUUGUGCCCUCCAGCCUGCCGGAGGUGUUUACUUGCAUGAAGGCGUGUUGUACAACCCUCUAACCUGGGCUUUGGCAGCAGAUGCACUCCGCCACGAAGGACCUGGGGAUACCCGUCGAAUUGACACUGAGAAGGUCUGUGCGGAUUUGAUUGCACCACAACUUGGUGCAGACGAUCUGCUGGGCUCGGAAGGGCUUUUGCUUAUUGCCGUGGCAGAGAUUCUCGCGUACAGCCCCAAGGCCUUUGAAGAGCCAGUAAUUGCAAGCUAUGCCCUGCAACCAGCGUGA